AUGCCAAAUGACGGCAUCGCAGUUCCGCAUCCACCAGUUGCCCGGGCCCUGGAGAUCGUGAAACAGGCUUUGACGAAUGCAGAUUUUGAGGGUCCGAUUGCACGGAGUGACGGCUGUCCUGACGUUUGGGAAGCAAUUCAACAGUCCGGGGAGCCUAUCUUCCCCGAAAUCGUGAACGUGUUCCCCGGCGGCAAGCGCAGACCUCCUAUUCCACUCCCAGAGUAUGAGCAGGUGGUGCUCAAAAUGAAGGACUACCGCUGGAAAUACAACGAUUACUGGCAGUCUUCCGCAGGCAAAACAAGUUCUGGUCGGCCUGUUGACGUUGUCAUUGCUCCGGCCAGUCCACAUAGCGCCAUUCCACCUGGAAAGUUCAUUCAUUCGGCGUACACAAGCGCUCUCAACGUGCUCAACUUUUGCAUCGCCGUGAUACCGAUUACAGUUGCGGAUAAGAACCUGGACACCCUGGACCCAAACUUCCAACCCCUUACCGACAAGGAUCGGCGAAACAUGGCUUCAUGUAAAUAUAACAAUCAUCAAACGAAUGGACAGUACGCUGACAGUCAGACAGACGAUCCCGAACUCUUCGAUGGCAUCCCGGCUGCCAUUCAGCUGUUUGGACGCCGACUGGGUGAGGAAAGAGUGCUAUCUGUGGCGCAGAUUGUAGUUGACGCCGUUGAGGCGUGGAAGAGAAAACACCAUCGGGAAUAA